AUGCGUCAACAAUGGGUGAUACUGGCAUUACUUCUGCUUUUUACUUUCGCACUCGUGAAUGCUUUUAUGAAACGUGUCCGAAGAGAACCUCCAAGAGAUUGUUCCGAUGCUCCCGACAAAGACAUCAAACACACUUGUAUUGUGAUCCGGCAAAUGGAUAAAAUCACUCGACGGAGAAUUGCUCGUCAAGCCGUAAGAAACAGUGUAAGUUUGUCUACUGACAAUAAACCGUUAAAGCCUAUUAGGACUGGGAUGAGGAGAAACGUUGCGAAUCUUUUUCAGCAACCACGACAGCCACAACAACGGCAGCAACAACAACGACAGCAACAACGACAGCAACAACGUAGGAGAGAACAAGCUGCAACCGUGGCACCACCAACACCGCCUCCAAUCAUUGGUCCUCCUGAUUGGCUUUUGCCAAUACCCGUGCCUCCAAACGCCCGCGGUCAAGUGGCUUAUCAUCCAUACGACUGUAUGACGUUAGCGUGUCUUUGUCCAUUUUUCGCAGGACAGAUGCGUGGACAACACUGUGUGCUGUCGAACAGUGUUGUUCUACGGAUGGCUUAUCGCAAAGAAUAUCGAAUGCUGACAGACGACGAACGCAAUAGAUGGCAUAACGCCUUAGCGACCUUGAAGGCAAACGGCGAAUACGACCGACUCAGCCGUCAGCACUUGGAUGUCGGCAUUGGGUCGGGGGCACAUUCCGGACCAGGAUUUUUACCAUGGCACCGGGAGUAUCUUAAGAGAUUUGAAAUCGCUCUUCGCAUGGUCGACCCAACAGUUUCGAUACCGUACUGGGACAGUGUCAUCGAUAACUAUCUGCCGGACCCUAGAGACUCUAUCCUUUUCUCAAAUCUCUUUGCUGGUGAAACGGACUAUUAUGGAAAUGUGAUACAAGGACCAUUUGCGUAUUGGAGAACACUGGAAGGACGAAGCACCAUUCUGAGAAAUCUCGCCUAUGAAGGAUCGCUGUUCAACGAGAACCAGAUAAACAAUGUUGUUGCGCAGAACACAAUUGAAGACACGCUUGCCUAUACGGCACCAUUAGCAGGUUGUCCAUACCCAAACAACUACGGAGCAAUUGAGUACAUUCACUCAAACAUACACUUAUGGAUCGGAGGAGAUAUGAAACCACCAACCACCUCUGCUAAUGAGCCGCUUUUCUUCAUGCAUCACUCGUUUGUUGACUACAUAUGGGAGCUUUGGCGUCAGCUUAAACAACCGAGAUGGCUGAGAGAAGUGGCUUAUUCGAAUGACCACGGAUACUGUACAAAUCAACUGCACUUCAGUUGGGCGUACAUGAGACCGUUUCCCUAUUUGCAGAACAGAGACGGUCUUUCGAACUCGUACACUGAUCAAAUGUAUCGCUACGCUCCUCGGCCAAGUUGUUCGUUCCAGAAUCCUGACUGCGGUUCUCCCUAUCUGUUUUGCGACACCAGAGGGUAUCCACACUGUGUGGCUAAGAUAAAAAUGAAUGGUAACUGUCAGGGAUUUGAGAACUAUGACUCAUGCUACAACGGACGAUGCUGGUGGGGACGAUGCAUUCCAACAGUACGUUCUUCGUCAGCUCUGUUUCAUCGUGAGCCUCAUUCGCAAGUUUUUAGGAUAUUUAUAGCAGGUAGAAUGUGGGCAUCAAAAACAGUGAAAGACGUACAACCGUUGAAUAACUCAGCCGUCAACGAUUUUCUAAUGUCCACUAUUGAACACCACGAGAUGGGUGAACCAGCGAAACCACAGAAGUCGAUUGCCCCUACAUUCAAUAACUGCCAUAACCGAUCACCCUGUUGCCAAUUUUGGGCCGAACAUGGGUGGUGCAACAUACAACCCGAAUACAUGGGCGUCUAUUGUGGUCCGAGCUGUGGAUCGUGCAUACCAACCUACAAUAUAACUAGUGUGGAGUGCACGGAUCUUCAUCCGAUGUGUAAGGAAUUCAAAGCCCAAGGUUUAUGUCAAGGCAAAUCUGAGGACUUCAUGAGGGAAAAUUGCCGUGUUUCAUGCCAAACAUGCAGAGCUCGGAAUGAGAAUCGGUGCUAUCGAAAUGGAAAGGUAGGUUCAAUCCUUUUUCCACCAUUUUCUCAAACCUUGUGGGAGAUACCAAUUAUUUCUCUCGAAUUAGCAAGUCUGAUUCCUCCUAUCGUGCCGAAGGAUCUUGUGCUUUCCAUCCAGGACACCACCGAUUCAGAAGUGCUGGAACGAGUGCAACUAGCGAAACGAUCAAUUCGCAUGAAGAGGGCAAGCAUAGAAGACUCUCAGUAA